CAUGAAGCUUAGAUAUUUGUUGUCGCUGUCGCUUCUGCUGCUGCUGCUGCUGUGGCAAGUGCUGCAAGUUGGCAGCCAGCGAAAUCAGCUGGCCAAGGCCGAUCCACAGUUUUACACCAGUCCAAUUGUGAGAUAUGGAAAACCCACUAAGCUUAUGCUCACCAUAACCAUCAUGCCGGACUAUCCCAUAGCGCUGCGACUGCUCACCGCGAACUACUUGAUUGCCUACUGUGAGGUGGGCCAGAAAGCGCAGCCGACGCCGCCAGAAUUCAAGCAGACAGACGACAUGACACAGCUACUGAGCGAGCAUCGCAUCAAGAGCAACACCUAUGUGAAGUACAAUAGCGGUUACUACGCUUUGGUGACGGCCAAGUUCUACCAUACAGGUGAUAAACAACUGCUGCUGGUGGGCACUGUGCCCUCCAAGCCGCACAUUCGAAGACAUAAAGUUUUUGCAAACUUCACCGUCAAACCGCCCAAGCGUUGCGUUCCGCGAUUGGAGUGCAUACGCAGCUCUCAUCCCGAUGUGCCAAUGCUUCUGAUAGUCUCGCGUAGCUCAGUGAUGCGCACGUACUUUACGAAGCGAUGCAAUAAGACAAACAUCGAUCCGGAGGUAACCUGGAGUAUACGCGAACUGUUGGACAUGACUGUCUAUCGCACCUAUGUGAAUGCAACUACAAUUCAUACCGUCAAGCAGUAUACAAUGAACUUUCACUCGGAUUACGAGCUGUGGCGUGAUCAGUAUCUAAUGCAGGUUGAGGGCGUCUACGAGGGGCAAAUCUUUCUAGCGCGCUGCUAUGUCAAGGUGCUAAUGGGCGAUGUGCAGGCGUACAUCAGCGGCGGCCGUAAUCGCUAUGUGUCCAGCGACGCCGUAAUACAUUUGGAUGGCUCAAAGAGUCGUGAUUACUCCAAGCCAAAGUACCCAAGAUCACAGUUUAAGGCUUACUAUUGGGACUGCGCGGCUUGGAAUGAUAUAUACAAUCCCUACUGCAAAGGCAAUAUAUCAACUGCUGCCAAGUUUACGAUACCUGCCAAUGCAUUUAAGGCCGGCAGGCGCUAUGACUUUCGCCUCAAGGUAGAGGCCGACAAUAAUCCCACCAACAUUAAUCGCCAGCUGCAGAUGGUGCACGUCGUUAGCUACGAUACGCUGGAUGUGUGGAUCGAUUGCUUGGCCAACUGUGGGCAGGACAAAUACAAUCCACGUAGAAAUGUACGCUUGAAGGGGAAUUGCCACAACUGCCACAACAAUGAUGAGAUCACCUACGAUUGGUAUGUGGACGGCUACCUAAUGCUUAGCACCCGGAUAUUUCUGAUGUUCAUAAAGAAUCCGGCCAACAAUGUUGUGAUUGAGUUGAAGGUGAGCACCAAAAGUGGACGCAGAGGCAGCCAGCAGGUCUCCUUGGAGCGCACUCGCGUGCCACGGAAUGGCAAUUGCGUGGUGAGGCCGACCGUGGGAUGGGAGGUGGAUACAAAGUUUAGUUUAUGCUGUGCUAAUUUCACAACCAAGCACCUGCCAAUUGAGUAUUUUUCUUACGCCGGCGAUGUGCUGCUCAAGAACUGCAUGGACUGUAAAUGCUCAAUGAGGCUGCAGGCGCAUAUGACAGAGAUCUAUAUACUUGUUUGCGAUGGCUUCUUCAAUUGCGCCGAGAAGAGUGUGAGUGUGAAUGUUAAACCGAUGGCUGGGCUAGUUGUUAGGCCGCCAGAAGCGCUUAAGGAAUUAUUUUCCAAAUUGAACUAUAUUAUGGCCAAGGGUCGCAUAGCGAAAUUUUUGCAGGCACUACAGACAGCAGCUAAUGCACUGGAUAAGGAUGAUGGGAAAAGUGCAGCAGUUAUAGUGAACUUCACGAGAGACUGGCAGCCGUUGGGUCUUACGUCCUUGGGACGUGUGUGCAACUUGACGCUCACUUUGGGGCUGCGACUGUCGCCCAUUGAUGACAUGGAGCACGUGGUCUUGGUGCAGGCUGUAAACAAAAUCAAUCAAGCAUUCGCCUAUGUCAAAAAUCAGGAGAUGACCCCAUCGCUCAUUCUGCAACCCUACUUACGUGUAACCAAGUCCUGUGUCACUGUCUACGACAUGAUGAGCAAGCUGAACAAGGACAUGCCGCGUCCUCCGCAGCACAUAUUCGAUCAGUACCGAAGCGCACUGAAGAGCAAGUUUCUGCACCAGCCGUUGAUCAACAAGCUCAUGCAUGACAUUGAAAAGUUCGAUAACGCGAAAGCGAAAGCGUCUGCCAAGGCCUGGCUCAAUUCCAUGUGGGAAACGGAGCGUCUUUAUCGCUUUUUGCGCAUAGCACGGGAUCACGGCAUCGAGUCUGGCGAUACUGUGGGCAUCGAUUCGCAGGGUGUGGCUUUGGAGAUACAAUGUUUUGAGUUUAAAGACGAUGUCACUUAUUCGAUCACGACCAGUGAUAGGCUGCAUACGGUUCGAUUUACGCCGGAAUUAUUAAAGGAAAUGCAGCAUGGAGACUCGAAACAUAUUUGCCUGAAGGUCAUCUCAACGGUGCGUGAGCUCAACUGGUGGUAUCCGGAGGAGAAGCAGCCCAGCAUUAUUUUGCUCUCAGUGCGCAUCUACUACGAAAAGGAUGAAUUCACCAAAGAGAUUCCUCUGCACAAAAGUGAUAUAAGCUUUAGCACAGUUAUCGGCAAAUACAGGCCGGCCCUGGAGAAAAAAACUAGUGCUGGCAAACAGAGAGAUAUCAGUCCGUCGACGCUUAGACAAGCAACGGUUGACAAGCCAGGUAAAAUCGACGAGCUCGAUGACGAGGAGGAGGGCGAUACUGUCUCGGAUGUGGGCAAGUACUUUAAUUGCUUGCGGGCGACGUGCUUCGAUUACAUGCAACAACGCUAUAUGUUUCGCCUGACACUGGACCCAACGGCAAUGCUGGUGGUGCGCUUCAAGAGCACCUCCCACGACCUGCAGGUGUUGCUGGUAGCGGGAGAGAAGCCCGUAGCGCUGACCAAACUUUUUAAGCACUCGUGUCGUGUCAAGGCGGAGUCCACCAAUACUACGCUGCUCCUGCGCAACAAUUGCAAGAGUCCGACGCGUGCUUAUAUUGCUGUCCAGCUGGAGGGUGCGAGCAAGUAUACGGAAGCUGGGCAUACGCCCGUGGAGAAUGGUCCCGCCUGCUUUGGCUUUGUAUUCCAGGUGCGCAGCUGCGAUUCCUGGAAAUAUGGCAGCCUGGGGCCCGAUCAGGUGGGCUGGGUAUCGGAUUAUUGUGUGCCCACUAUGGAGUAUGUAAAGAAUACGAUGCACUGCACCUGCAAGGCGCUCGGCACCUACACGAGCUACAUCUACCAUGUGCCUGCCAUUAAGGUGCCCAUACCACCGUAUGAAAGGGUGCACAUCAAUUGGGUUUUAUUGGUGUGGUAUAUCACCCUCAUGCUGCUUGUGCUACUCUGGCUCAUUGCGCUGCACAAAUGGUACAACACGCUGCCCAGUAAGACGGUCACCUGUGACAUGACAGGCCUGGAGGAUGAGUCAGUGCGUGAAGUGCACGAUCUAUUGGUUUAUCUGAAGACAGGUGGACGCAUUAAUGCCCAGACCACAGCCACAGUGAGGAUUAUCUUUCAGACUGUGCGUAGCACUGAAUUGCAGUUUACGCUCAUGCAGGAUCCAUUGCAUCCGCAGCUGACGCGUAACAGUUGCUAUGUGUUUUGGCUGCGCACCCGCGAUAUACGUCUGCCCACACGUAUAGCCGUCACCCACAACAAUGGCGGUCGCUAUCCCAGCUGGUUUCUGCGUGGCAUUGAUUUGGUUGAUCUACAAACGCAAACUACACAAGUUUUUGUUGUGCAGCGCUGGGUGCGUCGCAAGUAUUUAAUACUUAGUUCCACAUUGCUCCUCAAGCCUGGCGAUGAACGCUCUGUGGAGAAUUGGCGACAUAGAUUUGCCAUCAGUUUCGAACGUAAUUGGAUCAACUGGGGCUUCUGGCAUCCAGUCACAGGUCCCUGGCGUGAAGGUGAGAACUAUGAGAGAUGGACACGCUGUGAGCGCUGUUGUGUCUUUGUCACCAAAAUCGUAGUGACUUGGUGUGUUAUUUGUUGUUAUUUUGGUCCGUAUACCACACAAUCCAUCUAUGAGGAUAGAAAGGAAAUUGUAAAUAUGUAUGAUUUGAUGGCAAUAUUCAUAAUUGCCGCUUGGAUAAAUAACAUAUUGCAGUCCUUAUUUGAGUAUGUAAUUAAGUUUAAUGAAAUUCGAUUUUCAUGUUAAUGUUGGCUGGCUACAAUUAAAAAUUCAU